CGAAUAGAGAAAGGAACUCGUGAAGUCGGACCAAUUAACACCCCUCUUAUCCCCAUCACCUUCACCCACCCUUUCUUCGCCCUUUUUUUUUUAUUUGCUGGAAGAUGCUUUUCACUUCGGCAAUCGUUGCAAUUGCAACACUUAUACCAUCCAUUUCAGCGCAAUCUAGACCGGCAGGAUGCAUCUCACUACAAGGAAGCAAGCAAUGUCCUGCUUUCCAAGAUCAAUAUAUCAAUCCGCAAAACUUGUCUGGCGCAUGGCCAUGGAUGGCACAGGUAAGCGAUGUUACUUCUUUCGAUGAUCAAUUUUCACAAUAUUGGACAGAUCCUACUCGAUUCACACGAACAAAGAUUAAUAUCGGACUACAAUGCAAUCGAACCGGUUCUGCCAACGUCACACUACAAUACGAAAGGACAGUUUAUUGUGCUGAAUUUACUCAGAUCAGCUACUCCGCACAAUGCAAUGCUGGCACGCAAGCAAAGAUGGUUUGUCAAAACACUUGCAGACAAUACGCUGCAUCGGAACAGGCAAUCGUUGCAAAUCCUGCAAUUUGUGCUCCGACAAGCAUCUUAACUGCCCAACACAACGCAACUCGAUCACAAACACUAACAAAAGACUUUACACAAUGCACCGAUUGGAAUUCUUUGGCCACUAAUAACAGCAACACUUGCGUUGAAGGAUCCGCCAAUGAAGGUAAUUGCGGUUACGGUCCCUAUACCAGCGCCCAAUUAUGUCAAGCAUGCGACCCUUCCGGCAACAAUACAAUCUCUUCUUGCUGUACUGCUUCCAAUACAAAUUUGAGCGAUUGCGCUUCGUUUGGAUACCCCGGAGCCGCUAGAGUGGCCGCCGCCGCUUCUGCAUCGUCCUCAUCUUCUUCCGCUGCCGCGGCAAGUGAUACGAACGGAUCUUCUGCUGCAUCACGAUACAAUAAGAGCGGACCAGAUUUGAGCGGUGGACAAUUGGCUGGUGUGAUUGUUGGAUGUAUCGUUGGUGCUUUGCUUUUGGGCGCUUUGAUCGCAUUCUUACUGUUUGGCAGCCCAGAGAUGGAAAAAUCUGCUGGAGGUCCAAGUAAUGCAAUGAACAUGAACGCUUUGGGUGCUGCUGGACUAGGAGCAGGCGCUGCAGGAAUUGGAGCAGCAGGCUUUGCUGCUCACCACCAUGAGCAAGAACAACAACAACAACAACAACAAAGACCAGCUUCCCCGACCACCAGACCAACAAGUCAAGCUCUAACGUCCAGUUCGGGAGGUGAUAAAGGCGCAACUGUACCAAUGGUGCGCGAUCAAUAUACCGGUCAAGAUAUUCACGUAGGUGAAGAGGUUGUUGCUAUUUACCCGUACAACGCUUCCCUAAACGAUGAAUUGACCCUCGAACCCGAACAGAGAGUAACAAUCGUUCGUCUGUAUGACGAUGGUUGGGCUCUCGGACGAACGGCUGAUGGAAGUGAAGGUGCUUUACCGUUGGUCUGUGUUAGCUCAACAAAGGGAGACCUACCCGGACGUAGAGGAGGAAACGGAAGUGGAACAGGAACGGGAACAUCUGAUGAUGAAGGCAUGACAAGUGGUGCCGAAUACACUUCAAGUGUUGACGGAGCAGUCACGGCAGAAGAAGGUGGUUUCACAUCUGACGCACGUAGUCAACGUAGCAGAAGAUGAUCGAAGGUGAUCCUUAGUGCUGCUCAUUGUUUUGUUUUUCCAUGUCGUAUUCUUUUUUCGCAAAUCCUUCUCGUUCUCAAGAAAAACUUUUCCUCUCUUUUCAAGCGGUACAUUGGUUAUCGCAAA